AUGAACGAGAACGGGCAGAAGAUAAAGACGGACGACGAGAAAGAAGUGUGCACCUUUCUUGUUAAGAAUUUGCUAAAAAUAAGAGGAGGUGGGAUCAAACCAUGUGGAAACGGAACUGCUAAUGAGCUAAUUGAGGAUUAUGUGUAUUGCACAAUAAUUAAUUUAUGGGCAGCUACGUAUCUAACUAAACAUUGCAAUAAGAAGGAUGUUAUACAUAAUAUAUUUGAUGGAAUGAAGAGUACGGGCGCAGAACUUAAGGGGCAGGGUAAAUGUAAAGUAUGCGAAUAUAAAGAGUUGAAGCGUAUGAAAAUAGUGGAUGAUAAGCUCAGUGUGCUGCGAAAUAUUUUUAAACUUAUGAAUGCAAAUAACGACGUUAUGAAAUUAAUACAUAAAAACCCGACACCGGAGAAAGAGUGUAAAGAACAGAAGGAUGCUGCAUCAGAAUUAGUAGCAGGUCUUUUGCAUAACAAUGGUUCAAUGACAACAACAACCACAGGGCAUGAACAACAAACAAAACAAGGCAGUGCAGAAGCUGCAGCAAACAAUGAAGCUAGCCAAGCUCCUGGAAGUGGGACGAGAGACCUUGUAUAUACUCUCAAAAGCGACACAAUGACAGUACAGUCUGUUCCAACUGCUACAGGUAGUGGCUGCAACCAGAAUGAAUUAUGUCAACGCACCAAUUGUGUAACAAGGAAAUGGUUUGAAAUCAGAAAGAGCGGUAGUUCCAAACAAACCUGGUGUAACUUUUGGAAUCAUGACGUCAUGAAAGAAUUGGGACGAUUGUCUAAGGCUAUGACUAAUAAUACUGGGGACACUAAUAAUCUAUGCGAAAAAGUUAAUAGAGAAGGGAAGGUCGCGACAGAUGCAGAAAAAACGGCUUGCCAAUAUAUUACGAAAGGUUUAAAGCAUAUAUACGAAGUUCAGGUGGAUUCGAAGAAUCCAAAGCCAGAUCAAGCGAGGAGUAAUAGACCAUUUUAUCAAACUAUGUCAUGCCUAUUCCUUAACGCCUAUGCUGAUAGAUUGAAAGAAAAGAAUCCUACUUGUAUCACGGAAUAUACUAUAAGGAAGGUAUUUGAAAUUGGAAAUGCAAAGAUGAGUGCAUGGUGUGUGGAUACUAAUGGUCAGAAGAAUGAUUGUGUUGAGUGCAAAAGGGAAGAAAACUAUGCAAACUGCACACUGAACGUGAAGCAAGACCUAUGGACUACGAAUGAAAGUUGCACAAAUGGAAGGAAUAAUAUGAAGGAAGAAGUGGAUGAACUCCUCGAGAAGGAUCCCCAAAUACAACAAUCUCUAACUACCACAAAUAAUAACUUCUGUACACGUAUACAGUGCGUAGCAGAGAAGUGGAGGUGGCACAGGGAGAAAAAGGGAAAUGAAUACUCAGACUGGCACAGUACAUUCUGGGAUGCCGAUGUCAAGAAGAGAUUGAAAGAACUGUCUGAUGCUAUGACUAAUAAUGGAAAAACCGAUGAUCUGUGUGAAAACAUUACAGUUACAGAUGGUUCAUCUGUAGAAGCAAAUAAAAAAGCAUGUAAUUAUAUUGUUAAAGGAUUACAAUAUAUAUAUAACAUUCAAAAGGGGACUGACGGCCGGGAUCAAGAGAUGAUUGAGGACAACCAAAUAUUCCAUCGAACUGCGUCAUGCCUCCUUCUAAAUGCAUACGCAGAUAAAUUGAAAGAACUAGCCAAGGAUAAAUCUCGAUGUGAGUUAGAAAAAGGCAUAGAACAUGCCUUCACUAGGAGUGCGGAAGUUAAGAAGGAUGUAUCUUCAUGUGAUAAUGAUAAUAACUGUAAAUUGUGUGAAAGAUAUGAGAACUAUGGAAAAUGUGAAAUAAACAAUGAACAGAUAAAAGACAGGGUGAAUAAAUUGCUCAAGGAGAAGGAGCACGAAAUACAACAAACUCUAACUAGCAUAUGUCCAGACCCACCUGUUCCACCCGCCAAACCCGAAUACCAAUUAACAAGUAAUGUUGAUUGUAACGCUGAUAGUGAUAGGGCAUGUUUGGAUAAGAAGGUCGAAAAUUUUUUCCAAUCCCGAUGGACCCUCUUUUCCUUCUUCUUCCUCCUCCCACAUCUUAUGAAGAAAUAUUUCAUGGAAAAUGGAACAUGUAUUCCACUCCAUGUAGAAAGUGGUGAUAGUGGAAGGAAGAAAACAACGAGCGGUCAAGUGUAUAGUUUAUUCGAUGAAUUUUCUAGUGAAAUAGAUGAAGAGGAUAAUACGAGCAGUUUUGGGGCUGUCUGUGAUGAUAUUGCAGAACGUUCUGCUAAACAGGGGAAGAACUUUCCUACAUGUUUCUGUAAGAUUCUUAUAAAAAACUUAGUUAAAGUAACAAACAACAAGAGCACAUACACCUAUAAUGGAACAACGUGGAAUGUCAGUGAUAUUGAUAUUAAUGCGCGAUGUGAUCUUUUAAACUUAUGGUUAUUAUUAUAUGGGCCAAGGUAUAAGGUAACGGAGGACAAUAUUAAAUAUGCAUUUCAUGCAAUAUCUAAUUUGAAACAACUAUAUGGGCAAAAUGAAUAUGAGGAAUGUAUACAUAAAGGUAAUUUUUCAGUGAACGAAGCGGAGGAUGGUGCUCGUUACAAGGACAUUUAUAGUUGGUUCAUGAAUGAGCGCAUUAAAACCAAAAUGUGGAAAAUAAGUGACGGGUCUGCAUGCAAUACAAGGAGUAGGGCGGAUGAUCGGAAGGGUAAAUUUCCAAAGAAGGAACUAGAAAAAAUAAGUACAAAGUUGGAAACCAAAGCAGAGGCGGUUGUUAGAGAAAUAAAGAAAGCGCAGGAUAUACUUCUAAAACUAAUGGAUUGUAAGGAUACAGAAAUUCUAGACGAGGAAAAAGAUGAAUGGGCGGAAGUAUUUACGAUGUUUAACAAUAUUCCAAAUAAUACGGAUGAUAUGGAUGAAUUUGAUAAAGUGAAGACUUUGUGCCUUUGGUGUGAGGGAGAAGACAGUCAAGGUGGACUAGAAAAGAAAAUAUGUAAGGACUUCUGUGAAACACUUGUGAGGAAUUUAUUAUACGUGGGGAAGAGUAGAUAUGAAUGUGAGCAACAGAAAAGCACAGGUGGAAAGAAGAAGGCAUGUGUUGGAAAGUGUGACUUAUUAAACAUAUGGUUAUUAGGAAUAAGUGGUGACUGUAUACCAGUGGAUGUUAUUAAACAUAUUUUCCAAGUGGUGGAAGAGUUGGAAAAGGAAUUUGAUUCAAGGAAAAAAGGAACAGGAUGUGUCUAUAACAGAAUUAGUGAUUUAUAUAGGUGUGGGGAGGAAAUGUUAAGCAAAAUUCAGACGUGGAUGAAGGAUGGUCAAAGGAGAAAACAGUUUGGCCUUAGUCCUAAUGAACGAUGGUGCAAAGGGCAAAGAACAAGUAUUAAUUGGACAAAAGAGAAAUUAGAAAAAUAUAAAAGCAAGAAGCCGUUAAGUAGCGAAGGGGAUGAUUAUUUUAGGAAUGUACAGAAUAUAACAGAGGACAAAAAAGAUGUAGUAGAUAGAAUACUGAAUCACAACCAGCAGCUCCAGGUGGACAAUUACAUCCUAAACCUGCACCUUCCCCAAAGAAAGAUGAGAAACCUGACCAGAAAGAAAAAACAAUUGAGACAGGUAAGAAAGGGAAUGAUGCUAAUGAAUCUGACCUUCCACCUGAUCAAAUUGAUCUUCCUUUGGAUGAUGUACUACCUGCAGGCACUCCUAGUCCGUAUGAUAAGGAAGAUAAGCAAUAUGACAAAGGUCCCACGCUUCCUCCAGAUCAGAAUCCCCAAACACCAAGCACAGGAACCGACACCCCAAAUCCAUCACAUACUUCUUCCCCAAGUGGUCAACCUGCACCUGCUGCAGGAGAAGCAAUCCUUGGCAAUAGUGAUCCAAAUGGUGUUUCUCAGAAACCAAUUGAUGGUGGUGUUCAGGAUGGUGGAACAGUUGACCAAAGUGGUAGCGGUGGUGGUGGUACUGGUAGUAGUCCAACUCAUCCUCAAAGUGGUAGUUCUGGUGCUGGUGUACUGGGUGGUUUGGUACCUGGUGCCGGUGGUGUUGUACCAGGUGUUCCAAGUCCAGGUGCCGGCCCCAGUGCUGAUACUCAACCAACAAAUAAGGAUGAUAUUGACCCUAAUCAGAGUGUAUCCAAGGGUCAACCAGGUGACCCAGAAACCGGAACCCUUUCACCAUCACCACCAGUACUACCACGAGUACCAUCAUCAUCAACAACAGCACAAACAUUACCAAAAGCUAAAGCAGCAUCAUAUUCACCAGGACCUCCAGGAGGCGAUUCACCUUCCCUCCCAUACCUUCCUUUCGUUCCUGUGUUCCUUGUAUUUUGCUCUCGGCAAAAAAAGAAAACGUUACAGAAGAACUCAUCAAGUAUCCGGUCAUCCUUCCUUACAAGAACAGAUUAUUGACCCUGUGGACGACCACGAUGGUCCACAUGAAUAUACCUUAGUAAAGAAACGACAUCCACCAAGAUCUGCUCCAACAAAAACGAAGAGGGCAAAAAAACAGGGUGUUGGUCGCCCUGCGAAUCGCCGCACCAUUAUUGAUAUUCAUUUAGAAGUCUUAGACGAAUGUCAAAAGGGGGACACCAAACUGGUUCAAGAGGACUUCUUUGAAAUUUUGGUUCAAGAAUUUAUGCGAAGCGAAUUUAUGAAUGAAGAAAAUGUUCCUGAGGAACAGGUCCCAAGUUCAGAUUCCGGGUUUUAG